GGCGUCUGCUCGAGAGAGGUUCUGAGGUCCCUGAGACUGGAGGUCCCACGCAGGCCUCACGUCACUCACUGACCCUGGUUCGUCGUCCGAGUCACCAUGCCAUCUUUCGCCGCGAGUGAGAGUCAAUACCCGACCGCGACGACAAAUCCCCCCCAUCCGUUCGAUCAGCAGCAUCGCAAAUCCCACGACAAGGCCCCCGUCGGGAAUACCUUCCUGUACACCCCCAAUGGUGAUUCGGGCCACUUCGACCCCAAUCAAUCCGAUCCCCAUCCGAUUUUCAGCAAUCUGAAGAAUGGCAGCGCAUAUUCGCUGAACGGUCCCCGAUCCAGUAUCGGGUCCCAUAAUCGCGACCUGCUCCAGUCGAAGGAUAGCAGUACGCACUCCUUGGCGGGUGGUGCGGUGCGCGAGAGCAAGGAGACGAGAAGGGGGUCAACAACGCUGGAUGGACAGACCACGAGGAGAUCGACGGACAUGCCGAAUGGCACCGCUUCAACGUCAAAACAGCUGCCAGCCACGCCGCAGGUGAAUGGAGAAUCGUCCAGUUAUCGAUCGGCCGGUUCCAAACCGACUGCUAAUGGCGACUACUACCACCGAUAUUCUGAGGAGAUCGACCCCAAGAGUACGGCCAUCCCCGUGUCGACUUCUGCCCCGGACCCUGGGCGCUCAUCAUUUGAGCCUGACAGACUGGCCCCGGGAAGUCGAGCGGGAACGGCCCAUCGAUAUUCGUCACCGCCGGCACCGUCGCUCUCAGACAAUAGCCAAGCAGCCCCGAAUCAAGGGCUCGCAUAUCGACAUACCCUUCAGGUUCCCCGAACGAGUACUGGCCGCAGGAACAGCAGGGAAGUGUCUGAGGACACGGCUACCACCAGCGGUCGCUUUUCUCCCACGGCAGGUAUGCGAAGGACGUCGAUGAGCCUGGCCAGGCGGACGACGAGAUCACUCCAGUCGGAUCUCCCCGCCGAGGAAGUGCCCCCAGACGAGGAUGCUGCGCGAUGGGCGGAAGCUAUCAAGCAGAAGAGAGCGAAGAAGAAGCGUCGCGAGGAGGAAGAUGACGAUCGGGUGAUUGUGGGCACGAAAGUGGACCAGAACCAUGUGAACUGGGUGACUGCGUACAACAUGUUGACGGGAAUCCGGUUCACCGUGUCGCGGAUAAAUGCAAAGAUGGACCGGGAGUUGACAGAUGCGGAUUUUGAAGCGAAGCAGAAGUUUUCCUUCGAUAUAACUGGCAACGAGUUGACACCGUCUGCCAAAUACGAUUUCAAAUUCAAAGACUAUGCACCUUGGGUGUUUAGGCGGCUACGAGCUCAGUUCAAGCUCGACCCUGCUGACUAUCUCAUGUCCCUCACGAGUAAAUACAUUCUUUCGGAAUUGGGUUCCCCCGGCAAGAGUGGGAGCUUCUUCUACUUCUCCAGAGACUACAAGUACAUCAUCAAGACGAUACACCACUCCGAGCACAAGUUGCUACGGAGAAUCCUCCGCGACUAUUACCACCACAUCAUGAACAACCCUAAUACCUUAAUCUCUCAGUUCUACGGCUUGCAUCGGGUCAAGAUGGCCUACGGUCGAAAGAUCCAUUUCGUCGUCAUGAACAACCUCUUCCCGCCACAUCGAGAUAUCCAUCAGAUGUACGAUUUGAAGGGCUCGACCAUCGGUCGUGAUUUGCGCGAGGAGGAUCUGGAGAAGAAUCCGAGGGCGACAAUGAAGGACCUCAACUGGCUCCGGAGAAAUCGACAUCUUGAGUGCGGCCCGAUGAAGAAGGAAAUCUUCAUCGCCCAGUUGAAGAGAGAUGUGCGCUUACUACAGAGACUCAAGAUCAUGGAUUACUCGCUAUUAGUGGGGAUUCAUGACCUGCAGAAGGGGAACGAGGAGAAACUCCGUGAUAAGACAUUACAGGUUUUCCAACCUGGCGGCGACCGCGAUGAUGAUGAGAGCCAUAGCAUGUUGACGCGGACACCAUCCAAGCUCGAGAGCGCGCGAAAAGCUCGAGAGCUGAGGAUGACACUCCAGCGGGAACGACCUGUACCGUUAGAACAGACUGCAGCGCGGAUGCCGGAUGAGAUUCUCGACGAGAGGAAGAAUCUCGUUUUCUACUCCGACGACGGUGGUUUCAGAGCCACCCACGAGAAUGGCCAGCCGGGGGAUGAGAUCUAUUAUCUUGGAAUUAUAGACUGUCUGACUCACUACGGGAUGGUGAAGAAGGCAGAGAAUUUCUGGAAAGGUCUCUCGCAUAACAGGACGCAAAUAUCGCCCGUUCCACCGGAGAGUUAUGGAGAGCGUUUCAUCAACUUCAUCACGGGCAUUACCAUGUCCAAGGAAGAAGCGGAACGGCAAAGCGUGGCUCGCGCAUCGGGCGAACCUAACGUGGAUCCAGCACGAGGCCAAGGCUUCCAUGAGCCGGCCGUUGAAAGGACGAUGCGAGCAGCGGAGAAACAGGCGGUUAAAGAUGGGCCAGAGCCGCAAACACGAACUCUGACCACCAUGCGAGAUCCCACGGACGCAUCGAGUACCGGCGGGCCAUCGACGUUGCCCGUUGUCCAGGAAGACGGCGAAGCGGGCGCCGGCCAGCAUGAGCAUGAGCGCAGCCAAGUGGAUGUUCCCCCGCCCGUGCCAGAAAAAGAUGGGCAAGGCCAAGCAAAUGGCUUCCUACCGCGUGGACGGCGAGGCACUUUGACUGAAAAGGGCGACGGGGCUGACUAUGCCAAUGGUCGACUCCAAGCGGAACGAUGAGUUCCCUCAUAAUGACCUGUUUGACUCGAUCAUUUCGCGCC